ACUGUUGUGACUUCUAGCCUUACCUACCUUUUUCUUGUACCAGUUAACUGUAAUUUAACCAUUACUAAUUCACUGGAUGGCAAUUUCGCCUCAGGUGCUCGAAAGCGUGUUGUUUAUUUCUGUUAUUAAUAAGGGAUUAUGGCCGCUGCGGUGCUACAGACGCGGAUAACCGCCAUAUUGGACGUGUUAACGAAGGCAGCAGUGGCGGAGAUCAGUCAGCUCAUUCAGGACGACAGCGCUGUUUAUCACCGGGAGAUGAAACGGAGGGAGGAUGAGAUUGAGGGACUGAAGAAACGGCUACAGGUCACCGAGAAAGAGCUGAAGAAAGUGCAGGCUAACGCGUUAGCCAGGUGUUCAGUCGGUGUGCAGGCCGAAAUCCUGCCUACAGAUUUGUUGACAUGCAGAAAAGAAUCAUUAGCUGGGAACCGUAUGGAAAUGAGUUCAGUGCAAGAGCUUGAAGAAGAGAAACCACAGCUUCCUGAAAAAACAUUUGCAUCUUCACACCAUGUCACAAAAGAGCCCAGAGCUCCACCUGAGCCAGGAAAGCAAAGAGAUCCGAGGUGCGAUGAAGACGAGUUCAGUAGCCUGGAAUUUGAGAUGAAAAUCGAGCAGGUGGAAGAGCUUGUGGAUCAGGAACUGAGUCUUCCACGGGCAGAUUACAGUAUGGCAGAUGCAAGCGUGAGCUCUGAACACAAAACGGACCCGAGAGACGUGCAUCUGUGGCCGUCCCUUGAAGGCAACUCGGCAAAUGACUUCUCCGUCCCUGACGGCUGUAUCGGGUUAGAGCAGUAUGAACAAGUUCCUACAGACCAGUGUCUGGCCCAGCUGAUGAAGGAUCCCCCGAACUUGCACCCUGACAACGCAUCCAAUAAACACGUUGAUUCGUUUGCUUCUGCACAUGUCAGGAUUGACAGAGAAAUGCACUUUGAGAGCAGCAUUGCAAAAGGUUCUGAAUAUGGACAGAUUAGAGACAAUCUGGGUCACAUCAAAGCAUCGAGGCCAUUAAACAGCAGCAAGCACAGACAGACUUUCAGUGCGGUGCCACACUCGCAUGCACAUUUAUCCACAAAUACUUUCUCAUUGCCGGACAUGACGCCUGUGAGGCAAAACGCACAGGCGAGCCACGUCGGAUCGAAGCCUUUUCGUUGUGAGGAAUGCGGUAAAGGCUUUACCCAGAGGAUGAGACUGAUCACACACAAACGAAUACACACGGGUGAGAAGCCAUACCAUUGCCAACUUUGUGGCAAGAUGUUUUCAAGGCAGGAUAACUGCCUCAGACACGUACGUCUACACAGUGCACAAGGGUGGUAAAGAGUCUGCUUUGAUCAUCGGACUGUUUUUCUAAUGCUUAUAAGUACUGUGCAUAGAAUACCACAUUACUUCCUGUGCUGUAGAUUAUCACAUGCUAUUACCCUAUAUCUAGUAGUCCCUGGCAUCCUCCAGUGGUUGGCACUGGUACAGUGUUUACCAUAGCCAUAACAAGGCUCUAAUAUUUUCUCUUAUUUUU